AUGACGUGCUGUGAAGGGUGGACAUCCUGCAAUGGCUUCAGCCUGCUCAUUCUGAUCCUGUUAGGAGUGGUUAUUAAUUGUAUACCUCUGGGUAUCAGCUUAGUGGAGGCAGACUCGAUUUCUCAAAACCCCAUCUCCUGCUAUGAGUGGUGGUUCCCGGGAAUUAUAGGAGCAGGUGUGAUGGCCAUCCCGGCAACAACAAUGUCCUUGGCAGCAAGAAAAAGAGCGUGCUGCAAUAAUAAAACCGGGAUGUUCCUUUCAUCGCUCUUAAGUGUGAUCACAGUCGUUGGUGCAGUGUACUGCAUGUUGGUAUCACUCCAGGCUCUCUUGGUAGGACCUCUAAUUUGUAACGCUCAGGCCAACAGUACUGUCACUUGUGAAUUUUCGUUGAAAAACUUAAGUAACUUUCGUCCUGAAUCCUUCAACCUGCUGUGGUUCUUCAAUGACACUUGUGUUUCUCCUACUGAUUUUAAAAACCCCACCAUCGAUAACAUGGUCAGUAACUGGAGAGUACCCAACUCCAACUCUGAAGAAGACAGACACAGGAUUUUCCACUUCUCAGUAUUUAUGAGUCUCCUGCUUGUUGGAAUCCUCGAGCUCCUGUUUGGGCUCAGUCAGAUACUCAUUGGUUUCUUUGGCUGUCUGUGUGGUGUCUCUCAGCGACGGAGUCAAAUUGUAUAA